CACAGCUGCGCGGCCACAACUUCGAAAUUGGACGAAAUUUGCAAGCAAGAGAGGAAAGAUAAAUGUCACUCUUUUGGCUAAAUUACGCUUUUUCGCUAACCUUUGAGAACAUCUGUGACAUUCCAAUCAACCGAAGCAAACUUAGGAGAAGAAGUAAUUGAUCCACAUCAGUUCUGAGAACCGUAAACGUUUCCAUCAUUUUCAUGAGCACAAGAACCGCAAUUUCAAUCCGGCGGUGACGGAAAGUGACUAAAAAUAAUUUCCACACCUAAUACACAGCUGAAGACAUUAUUUGCUUCUUAUUACCAUCAGACUAAGCGUAGUAAAUUUAGGUAUAUUGCUGUGAUAAAUAAGUUGUAAGAAAUAGUGAAUAGAAGAGACCAUUGAAGGAACUGAAGCAAAAAUGCUGUUGGCACUUGCAACUCAGAAGAACCUUAUUACCAAGACAAGCUUUGCUGUACAAAGGCAAGUGUCGUUGAGGAGAUGGAGGCCAACCUCAUAUUAUUCCCAAUGGCUGUCUCAUCCUCAAACUUCAGUGUUACUGCAUAGCGAAGAAUUGAGGUGUUCCUGCAAUAGAGCAUUUUCACCAAGUUAUAUUGGUGUACCAGUAUACAGCUAUGGAGAUCCUUUUAUGAAGCGGGCGAUUCAUACUAGUAGUAUUUUAUGGGAGAAAGAGCCGCUGAAGCCUUCAUCAAAAGUGGAGGCUUCAGUGCAGACCUUGAAAAAGGCACUGAAUGAAGAAAAAAAUGUUCCCUCAGUCUCUCAGAGUUUAUCGCCAGCAGUGCCAAAGAAGUCAAUGUGGCAGAAAGUAAAGGAUGAACUGAUUCAUUACUACCACGGGUUUAGGUUACUCUUUAUUGACAUUAAUGUGUCAAGAAAACUAGUGAUGCGAGUCCUGAAUGGAAAAUCACUUACUAGAAGAGAGCACAGACAAUUGGUGCGUACUGUAUCUGACUUGUUCCGCUUGGUGCCAUUCUCUGUGUUCAUCAUUGUCCCUUUCAUGGAGUUGCUCUUGCCACUGGCCAUCAAACUUUUCCCUGGAAUGCUGCCAUCCACAUUCCAGACGGCAACUGACAAGGAGGACAAGAUGAAACAAGCUCUGAAAGUGAAAUUGGAAAUGGCAAAGUUCCUGCAGCAAACCCUUGACAACAUGUCGCUCAAGGCAAAAGGUCACCACUCAGAUGCAGCAAAAGAAUUGGUGGAAUUUUUCAACAAGGUGAGAUCUACUGGGGAGACCGCUAACACAGAGGAAAUUCUGCGAUUCUCAAAGUUGUUUGAGGAUGAAAUCACGUUAGAUUCACUGUCUCGCGCUCAGCUGGCAGCCCUGUGUAGGGUACUGGAAAUAAAUCCUCUUGGCACAAACAAUUUUCUGAGGUUCCAGUUGAGGAUGAAGCUUAGGAGUCUUGCUGCAGAUGACAAGGUCAUCAUGCGGGAGGGCGUUGAAACCCUUACUGUACCUGAACUCCAACAAGCCUGCCGAGUGAGAGGAAUGCGCGCCUAUGGCAUGGCAGAGUCUCGGCUGCGGGCACAGCUGAACCAGUGGCUGGACCUCAGUCUCAACGAAAAAGUUCCCCCUUCCCUCUUGCUGCUCUCAAGGGCGCUCCUCUUGCCGGAGACGGUCACCACGUCAGAACAAAUCAAGGCAUCCAUUUCGGUGCUGGCCGAGUCUGCUGUGACUCAGGCGAAGGCUGCAAUCGGCGAGCGCGAGGGCAAGGUGGACAACAAGACCAAAAUUGAGCUCAUCAAGGAAGAGGAGAGGAAGAUCCAGGAGGAGAGGAUCGAAAGGAGGCAGGAGGAGAAGGCUGAGAAGGAGGCCAAGUUGGACGCAGCAGUACCAGCCGCUCAAGAAACAGUCUUGGAGGUUGCUCAAUUCAAGACUACAGAACCACUUGUAACUGAGAAGCAAAAGGAGCUGUCAUCGAAAGACUUUGAAUUCAUCGAAGACGCUCUUGACACUCUUGGCAAAGGCAAGAAGAAGCUUCUUGUUGAGAAGGAGGAACUGCAGGAUUUGAAGGAGGAGAUGGAAGAUUACAAAGAGGAUUUGCAAGACCUGCACGAAGUCAUUAGCACAGUAGAUAAGAAAAAGGUCACUGUGAAGGAGUCCAAGGGAGCUCAAGCUUUGUACAAGAGGGUCAACCGUAUGAUCAACAAAGUAGAUGGAUUGCUCUCUGAACUGGAAAAGACCAAAAAGAGGGACAUUGAAGAGACUCUGUCCGACACCACCGAUCAGAAGGAAGCAAUGGUCACUAUUUCUGAACUCAUGUCUGCUAUCCACCAAAUACAAAAAGUCCCAGACGCACAAAAAAUGGAGAGCAUUUCUCAAGUCCUGAGCAAAAUCGAUGAUGACAGAGACGGAACUGUUAGAGUUGAUGACGUGAUGAAGGUUAUCGAGCUGAUUGGAAAAGAGAAUGUCAAGCUCUCUGCAAAGCAGGUUGACGAAAUCAUCGACUUGCUAGACAAGGAGGAGGUCAUUGAGAUCGAGCACCAGAUCGAUAUGAAACUGGAACACAAAGUUGACACUGACAAAGAGACUGCUGUUGAGUCGUUGCCCAAGGAAGGACAACAAGUUCCCAUUAUUCCAAAGCCAGCGCCAGACAGCAGGCCGAAAGUUUAAGCUUGAUUAUUUGGUUGUUAUAUUUUCUGUUCAACUAAAUACUACUUCUUGCUUCUAGACUUCCUGUGUAAUUGCUUCUGUACAAUUUUUGACCAGCUUGCUGGGAAUAAUUUAUUUUCAUAGACAGCAA